UACACAGAAAUGUCGCUGUAAAAAAUACAGAGUCGUAAACCCUUCGGUUUGCACAAUUUUGCUCACUCCCUCCAAAGCGGAAGUUUUUGAACUGGGGAAAGGGAACUGCUGAGAGCUGAGAUUCCUGAGCCGGUAACACCCCAAAAACAUGAUCCCAUAACAGACCAAUCUCUCACCCUCUCUUUAUUCCCAGCAAACCCUAGACACCGACCCAGCUCACCGGUCAUGGAAUCGGGAGGCGCGAGAGACAAGGCAUCUCCGCCUCCACCGAAGCCCUCCAAGUUCUCAGUGUACCAGAACGCUGCUCUCUCAGCUGCCCUCACCGCCAAAAGUCUUCAACCUUCCAAGUGUACCCUUCUCUGCGGUUUCUCCUUCUCCUCCGCCUCCGCCUUCGCUCUUCUCACCCUUAUUUCCUGGGAAAACGGCUUCAUUGACAAUUUGAAGUUCAGAAGUCUUCCCCAGGAAACAGCAUAUUUGAUUGCCAAGGCACUACAGACAGUAGUGGGCUUAGUCUUUUUUGGAACUGUAUUUUCCCUCUUCAAAGCCAUCUCUCUGCAUAGAGCAAGAAAUGCGGCUGGAGUGUCCAUUCUAUCUUCCGGUAAAGGAAAUAAGGAUCAAACAUGUCUUACGAAUCGUCAACUAGGACUUUUGGGAAUAAAACCAAAGGUUGAACAAGUCACAUCCGAGUCCUCAAAGAAACCUCCCAAGUCUAGACCGCACUCAGAUGUCCUUGUUCCACUUCAUCCGCCAAUGACCAGUCCAAGUCAUUCAUCUAGAACCAGUGCGGAUAGAUCAAACUCCAGUGGGGGAAGUAGGAGGCAUGCUGUCAGCACCCCAUCCAAAUCACUGAGUCCUUCGUCCUCUUUAUAUCUCGUCCCUGGUGCUGUUUCACAAUUGCUUUCUGUUCAAAGUUCACCUGGGAUGGAUUCAAUGGUCUCAACCCCUUGGUCAAACAAGCGACCCUCCUCUGGAAAAGAGAUCACAUCAGAAGAAAAGCUUGAACAAUUCUUGGCAGAAGUAGAUGAGAAAAUCACAGAAUCAGCUGGGAAACUGGCAACUCCACCCCCCACCAUUAGUGGUUUUGGCAUGGUCAGUCCAAAUACUGUUGCCAAUUCAGCUAAUACCUCAGGAACUACUAGAAGUACUCCGUUGAGGCCUGUGAGGAUGUCUCCAGGUUCCCAGAAGUUUAGCACUCCCCCGAAGAAAGGAGAAGGUGAUCUUCCUCCACCCAUGUCCAUGGAAGAAGCUACUGAAGCUUUUGAGCAUUUGGGCAUCUAUCCUCAAAUUGAGCAAUGGCGUGACCACCUCAGGCAAUGGUUUUCUUCGGUUUUGCUUAAUCCUCUUCUUAAGAAGAUUGAAACCAGUCAUAUUCAGGUAAUGCAAGCAGCUGCCAGACUUGGCAUUUCAAUCACAAUCAGCCAAGUAGGAAGUGAUUUACCUACUACUGGAACUCCUGCUACCGUGUCUCCAAUUGAUAGGAGUAAGGAUUGGCAACCCGCAUUUACUCUAGAUGAAGAUGGAAUUCUUCAUCAGUUACGAGCCACUCUUGUGCAGGCUAUUGAUACGUCCAUGCCCAAGUUGCCUCUGGCCAAUCUGCAACAGUCCCCACAGCAGAAUCCCUUGAUCCCUAUUAUGCAGGAGUGUGUAGAUGCUAUCACCGAACACCAAAGGCUUCAUGCUUUGAUGAAAGGAGAGUGGGUUAAAGGUUUGCUACCUCAAAGCGGUGUUCGAGCUGAUUAUACUGUACAACGGAUCCGAGAGCUCGCUGGAGGAACCUGCUUGAAAAAUUAUGAGUAUCUUGGAAGCGGGGAAGUAUAUGACAAAAAGAACAAGAAGUGGACUCUGGAGCUUCCAACCGAUUCUCACUUGCUUUUGUAUCUAUUUUGUGCUUUCCUCGAACACCCAAAGUGGAUGCUACAUGUGGAUCCUACAUCUUACACGGGAGCCCAGUCCAGCAAGAACCCAUUGUUCUUGGGAAUUCUGCCUCCAAAAGAAAGGUUUCCUGAGAACUAUGUUGCUGUAAUAUCUGGUGUACCUUCUGUUCUUCACCCAGGAGCGUCUAUUCUGGUGGUUGGAAGGAAAAGUCCCCCAAGUUUUGCCUUGUACUGGGAUAAGAAGGUGCAAUUUUCUCUUCAGGGAAGAACGGCGCUUUGGGAUUCCAUCUUGCUUUUGUGCCACAGGAUUAAGAUUGGAUAUGGAGGGAUAGUUCGAGGUAUGCAUCUUGGUUCGUCAGCCCUGAGCAUCCUUCCGGUUCUGGAUUUGGAAACGGAAGACUGAGUUCUUGUUAGGGAUGCUGCGUUUUGCUUGUAACACAGAUUCUCAGUGCUGGCUUAAGCAACAAAGAACUGAUGUAUAUGUGCCCAAACUGCACUUUCCAUUGCAGAAUUUGCUUUCUGAGUGAAACCCAUCUGAGAUAAGAGCACUGUUUGAAAAUUUUGUUUCACACAGCUGACUUGCAAAGUUAGAUCAUUCUUAGAAACAACCCCUUCGAGUCCUUUGAUGAUUGACUUAGGUUACAUGGGGUUCUAGCCGAGAUUUGUAUCCCUUAGGUGAGAGGGCUUCUUACAAAAUUUUUUUAAGGAUAUUUAUGUUUCUGUAUUUUAGUAAAUUUGCUUGUCCUUCUCUGCCGAAAAUUUCAGUUAUUUUCCCUA